AUGCUGCAAGGGAAUCAUUCCAUGGUGAAAGAGUUCGUUCUGCUGGGUCUCUCCCAGGCACGAGGGGCCCAGCUCUUCCUGUUCUUCCUCUUCCUUCUCUUCUACUGUCUGAUCCUGCCAGGAAACAUCCUCAUCAUCAUGACCAUCCUCAGCGACACCCGAUUGGGGUCCCCCAUGUACUUCUUCUUGGCCAACCUGGCAUUUCUGGACAUCUGCUACUGCUCCGUCACCCCUCCCAAGAUGCUUGCCGAUUUCUUCUCCAGCCGCAAGGCCAUCUCCUACAAGGCUUGCAUGGCCCAGAUCUUCUUCCUCCACUUGCUGGGAGGGUCAGAGGUCUUCCUUCUCAUUGCCAUGGCCAUUGACCGCUAUGUGGCCAUUUGCCACCCAUUGCAUUAUGCCACCAUAGUAAGCAGGCCAGUCUGCAGUGCCAUGGUGGUGGGAUCCUGGUGCCUAGGUUUUGUCCACUCCAUCAUCCAAGUUCUCCUCAUUGUCCCACUCCCUUUCUGUGGCCCCAAUGAACUGGACAACUUCUUCUGUGACAUCACUCAGGUCGUCAAGUUGGCUUGCGCAGACACCUAUGCCCUGGAGUUCUUCAUGUUUGUCAACAGUGGUGUCUCCACCAUCAUUUGUUUCAUUCUCCUCCUCAUCUCCUAUGUGAUCCUGCUGUUCAAGGUGAGAACGGGUUCUGUCGAGGGGAAGAACAAAGCUACUUCCACAUGCAUCACCCACAUCAUCAUUGUUAUUGUCAUGUUUGGUCCCGCCAUCUACAUCUACGGUCACCCUUUCCGGGAGUUUUCUUUUGACAAGGUGGUGGCUGUUUUCCACACUGUGGUCUUCCCCUUGAUGAACCCCAUCAUCUACACGCUGAGGAACAAGGAGAUUAAGCAUGCCAUAAGGAGACUGUUAAGCAGAAAUGGCCCUCUGGUUUGA